AUGUCUCAUUUUGAGGAUUAUGAGGUGUUGUGUUCUGUUGGUUCUGGCUCAUUUGGAACAUGUCAGAAAAUUAAGAGAAAGUCUGAUGGCAAAAUUCUGGUGUGGAAGGUGGUGAGGUACAGGGAGAUGAAGAAGGAUCAACUGAAGCGUCUGCUGUCAGAGGUGAAGAUCCUGAUGGACCUCAGCCACCGAAAUAUCGUUCAGUACUUCCAUCACUUUGUAGACUGGGAGCAGAAAAAGCUCUACAUUGUGAUGGAGCACUGUGAGGGUGGAGAUCUGGACACCCUCAUUGAACACUGCCAAAUCAGAGGGAUGUUUCUCUCUGAGAACUUCAUCCUUCGUAUUCUGCUGCAGUUGGCUUCAGCACUGAUGCAUUGUCACAGACGGCCGGACAGAACUGUUGUGCUGCACCAGGAUUUGAAACCAGCAAAUGUUUUCCUGGACAAGACCCUAAAUGUGAAGCUGGGUGACUUUGGUCUGGCUGAGGUCCUCCCCAGUAAGGAGCAUGUCUGCACGUGUAGAGCAGGGACUCCUCUUUACAUGAGUCCGGAGAAGAUCAAUGAGUCGCAGUAUGAUGAGCGAUCAGACAUCUGGUCUCUGGGGUGUCUGAUGUACGAGCUGUGUGCCUUCGUGUAAGUUCUGCUACUCAGAUUUCAGAUGAUUUUCCUACUUUGUUGACAACA